GCCUCCAAACACUUUACAUUUCCACACCUAAGACAUACGAUGAUGCGUCUGCUGAGUGUGCCCGGAGACGUAGCAUUCUGGCAAAUAUCCAGACUAGAUAUCAUGGAGAGUGUGCAAGAGAACUGCUUGGACCCCGAAACGGUCAGUGCAACAGUUCUUCCAGUGGUAACUGCACGACUUCCUCGUACUUCUGCAAAACCAAUACAUGCAAUGUGUGGGUUGCUCUUCAACGACCAUCUCCAUCCAAACCCUGGACAUGGAUGUUACCUGUUCCAAUCGCUGCAAAAAACGUUUCUUGGAUUACUGCACCACUACAAGAAGGUGGUGGACGGAACGAAUGCGGAUAUUAUUCCCCGGAGAAAGACAGUUUUGGAAUCGAAUCUUGCUCAAUGAAGCUAAGUUUCUAUUGCCAAAGAUAUACACCAAAAGUGCCCUCCGCCAUAGCUGUCAACUCUACAGACACGCACAUCUACGCACGCAUAGUACAGCCUAAGAUACUUCGAGAUUGGGUUUCUGAUUUCUGCUUUCUGUACGAGAAAAAUGGAACUGCGGCUACCCCGACGGUAGUGUGCGACAAAAAUGAAUCAACUGUUCUGUCAGGCCUGGCAACAAAUACUUUGUACCGGAUCAGAGCAUUCUUCAAAACUACGAUCGGACACAAUAGCAGCAUAUCCUCCGAAAUCAAAAUUGGAACAUUGCCGAAAGCACCAAAUCCGCCUCUCAACCCCGUCAUCUCAAGUACUACUAUCACGGUGUUUCUAGGUCAAAUAGAAGAAGGCAACCUUCCCAUACGCCAGUAUUGUGUGCACGGAAUACCUGCUAAUGAUCUGUCCGGGAAUAUGCCAUUGGUACCAGUAUGCAGCGCCUCGAAAAAUGUCACCUUACCUGGCCUAAAACCCAACAUGAGCUAUAAUGUCACCGCCUAUGUUAGCAAUGCUUAUGGAGACAGUGACCAGUCCAGCUCCACUCGCAUUACCACGUUGCCCACAGUGCCAUCUUCAACAACACCCCCAACCUCGGGCAAUGAAGCAAGCACCAGCAGGAUCAGUGUUGGAGGAUUCGUCGGCCUAGCUGUGGCAGGAGUCCUAACUGUAAUCCUGGCUGUAGCCAUGGCGGCCAACCGAAAAAGGAUUUCUUGCUGGUUCUCAUCGAAAGAUUUUACAGUUCCAGAAGAGAGGCCACAGGAAGCUGAUCCAAUUGAACUUAACCAGUACGAGGAUGUUCAACGCAAUGAUGAAGGAGAAGCCCACAGGCCGCAAGAUCACGAUGAACAGGCUGUUUCACAGGAGUAUUCCUACGCUGCAGUUGGUUCUCGUAUUAGAGACGAGAAACCUGCAGAAGCAGACACUGACAUGACAGGAACAGAACACAGCCACGACAAGGAGACAGAGGCGACAGCGGCAUCGGGAGCGAGUGCACUGGAGUAUACCUAUGCCACGCCUAAUAGUCGUAAAAGAGACGUGAACCAUGCAGAGUUGGACACAGACGCAAAGGGAGCGGAACACAGCGACAACAGCGAGGAACCAGCGACAGAGUCCAAGAUUGGCUGUGAGAACGUGUUGGGCGGGUUUUUGUCACCGACUGAUGUUGAAACCAUUGAAAUCAAGUAUGCGGUUCUGGAUCGAUCCGAAAUGAAUCCAACUUCGCAGUUAACAAGAAACCAAGAUCCCAAGGAUGAAGAAGAGCGUGAGGAUACGUCAUAUGCGACAAUCUGCAACCCAACCUAUGAUGUUGCAGGAGAUCCCCCAUCAAACACUGCUGACGGAAUCAAAGCAGAACACACCUAUGAUGCCCCCGACAACCAUGGUGUUGUUCGUGACAGAAAGCAAGGUUGACGUAUCACCGCUUUCGACAUGAUUUCGAGUCAGGACCAUUAGUUCAUUGCCACCUGUGAUCAACUCACUUGCAUGUUUCAAUCUCUCCCUACCACCACUCUCUUUUUUCUCUUUAUUUUCUCCCCAACCAUCCGUCCCUGUAACCUAAUGACAUCUUUGCUGCCUUGCAAUUGAGCAUUUGUGCUCGUUUGGAUUAGCGAAUUCAAAUAAAGUAUAAAAACAAAUAAACAAACGACUAUUGCCCCCCCCCCACCACCACGCCCCAAUCACUGAAUGACGUGUAAAUCUACCCCGUGCAGCGGUAUAACAUUUUUUGGAGAAAACCUCUAUUCAUGUAUCAGUGUAGAUGAAGUUUUUCUGGAAUGGCAUAUCAAAGCGAGUUGUUAUACGAUUCAAAAACACUGUUUAGGAGCCUUGCAUUGUUCAUACUUUGAUUGAAUAUAAACUUUGCAUUAUUGUUAGUUUUGUUUAUCAGUUCACAGCCUUAACCAGAAGAUAGGUCUAGCUUUUGUCAGGGUGUGUGACAUGAUGCUUGCAGAUGAUCAUGUUUUAGCAGCACAGGAUUCUCUUUGUUCUGUAUUGAUAGAAACCGAUCUGUUCCCGAAGCUUAGCCAUACACAUGUCAGGUACUUGGCCUGGCAGUUUGUUGUAACCUUUUUUUUUGGUGAGCUUUCUCUGUAUGCUACUGAGGCUCGGACUGGUGAUCGGAUUAGCAUGUUUGCACUGCUCUGGACUAAAUGCCUUGUCGCUUUGUUCAAACUCUCAUGCUUUAUAAUACUGUAGAAAAAAUACUGCCUCUCGCAGCUUCAUUACACAUAAAACAAUUGCUGAUAGGCAACUCACCGAAACUCAAUCCAGUAGUUAUUUGAACGCAUCAUUUCCAUUUGCUAUCGCUAUACAGUCUGUUUACAAAUUAUUAUUAGCCUUCGGUCACACUGAAACAAGCACUGCAUUCCAACACGCAUUGCAGCAGUUGUU